GUUUAAGAAUAAAGAAAACUGCGUGAAAAAAAAUUGAAUUUAUCAAAAAUUCAUUAUUACAGUGGUAAUAAUAGAUCAAAUAGUGUAGAAAGUAUGAAGAGGGGAACAUUCUAUCCAGCCAACAAAAGUGAACAUAAUAAACACGUUCGAGACAUGAUACGAUCUGCGCAAACUCCGAAGGAAGAAAAUUUAAAAGUUCAUAACUCGCCAAAAAAAUCACUUUCUGAAAAUUUUUAUAGUGAGCUUAAAAACAGUGAAAUGAGUGUACUUGAUUUGACAAAAAAAGGUCUAAAGAAGAUUCCAAAAACAGAAGAUUCGCAAUCAAUAAAAUGCCUGAUACUUGAUGAGAAUGAGUUGCAGAAAGUCGACAACAUUGAUUCCUAUCUGCGUAUCGAGAAGCUAUCUCUUAAGCAUAAUCAGCUAUUGCGAAUGUAUGGCGUUAGCAGGUUACACAAUUUACGCGAGCUGAAUCUCAGUUACAAUGGUAUAUUAACGAUUGAGGCAUUAAAAGAAUGUCUUCAUUUGACGCAUUUGAAUUUAGAAGGAAAUUCUAUAAAGACGAUAGAGCAUUUAAAUACGAAUUUAAAGUUAGAAUAUCUCAAUUUAGGAGAGAAUAGUAUUGGAAUUGUUUCUGAUAUUUCAUUUCUUAAACAGUUAAAAGAACUUUAUUUACACUCAAAUCGUAUAUCGCAUCUACGACAAUGUGAAAAAUAUCUCCCAACAUCGCUCGAGAUAUUGACAUUGAACAAAAAUAAUAUCGCAGAUUUAAAUGAGAUUUCUGCUCUAUCGAAUCUGGCAAAUCUCACGAGCAUCACAAUCGCAGAUAAUCUAUGUGUUCAGAUGAUUGGAUCAAAUUCCAUUUUUGAUUCCAGUGGAUUUGACUAUCGGCCAUUCCUGUUGAAUUGGUGCAUGAGUGUAAAAGUGAUUGAUGGAUAUGUCGUAAAUCCGAUUGAAUCUCUUCGAGCUGAAUGGCUGUUUAGUCAGGGAAAGGGACGAUCAUUUAGAAUUGGCGAGCAUCAAGCUUUAGUUCAGUAUUUGUCACAAACGUGUCCGUUGAGCGGCGAGACAUUAGAAAAUGAGAAUGAAAGAAAAUUACGCCUUAUAUUAAGUAAAGCACAGCAGCAUCAGAGACAAUUGCAAGAGGAAUCGCCAACCAGUUCACCAAAUAACUCAUCUACAAAUAAUUCGCCGUCAUCUAAUAGACGCAAAACGACUAGUCGCAUCCAAAGUCCAAGAGUAAGCAGAUUGAGUGGACAUCACCGGCCAUCAACAGCAGAUGCAGUAAUGUCGAGCAGUUUCCAUGGAACAAUAAGUAAUAAUAAUAAUCAUGAUGCACACAAUCAGUCACCGAAUCAUUUACUUGAUAUGACAAAAUCUUUAAUAGAAAAUUUCACAUCGGAUAGUAUAAUGACACAGAGUCUCGAUCCGACAAUUCUUGGAAGUCCAAGCUUGAAUUCAACAAUGAAUAGUUCAAUGACAGCAUCGAUGCUUAUGAAGGAAUUAAAUCCGUCCCCAAUUAAUAAUGGAAAUUUGUAUAAUGAGCAGUCAAAUAUUCCAAUAAUGCACACAUCCGGACCGCUUAUUACUGCUUCUAAAAUGAUGCCUGUUCCUGAGACUCUCAUGUCUCCAGACUGUCCACCAAUAACAAUUCAACAGCAACAGCAAAGACCUGUUUCAAAUUUAACAUCAAGCUCAUCAGCAGUCGUUUGUAUUGCUAAAACAUCGUCAAGAGUAAGUAGUCAACAGAGACCAUCAAGUAGUCCAGCAUCAACAACAAAAACCUCGCGAAUUGCACGAAAAACUGAAAAAUCAUCGCCUUCAAAUAGUCCAAGAAAAUCAUUGGUAAAUACAGCAAAUGCGAAAAUUCAUCAAAAUCAAUCGAUACUCAAAACUUCACAGCAACAACAAAGCUUACAUUCAACGAUUGAACUGCAAAGUAUGACGACGCAAUCGAGCGUUGUGACCACAGAGGAUGAAGAUGAAGACGAGCUUGAUCACAUGAAUAUGGAAAAACUAAAAGCUAUUAAGAAGGUUGCACAAAAGAAUCAAAAACAAAUUGAGAAUCAUCAACAAUUACAGAAAAGUUUAGAGAACAAAGAAGCAGAAAAGUCGGCAAUAUUGAUACAAAAGUUAUGGCGUGGCUAUAGUACAAGGAAACAAACGUUAAAAGACAUUGCUGAGUCAUUACAACAGAAACGAACGAAUGAUUAUAUUAUUAAAUUAACGCAGGAUAUGGAAAUGACAAAACAGGCAUUGGAAAAUGAAAGGAAAAUUCAACAACUUCAAAUGCAGGCGAUUAAUGCUCUCUGGAAGAAAGUUUCGUCUAUGCAGCCUGUAAAUGAGCAUGGACCAGCUGAGUCGACCACAAUAAUUCCUAGCGGAGACACAACCACGAUUGUACAAGAUUUAACAAAAACAUGCUCAAUGCUGACUAAUCAAGUACAACAACUACAAUUAUCAAUGCGUGAUAUUUUGAACUGUAUGACAGUAUUUGCCAAUCUUCCACAAAUGCAGCAAAGUGCAGGAAGUAGUAGUAUGACAAUGUCACAAUUUAAAGACUCGUCCGAGACACAAACUGAAAUUAUUGCUGUUCAUACGCCACAAAUUGAGCAUAAAGAUUUCCCAUUUGUGAUUCAACAAAGGAUGCAAAGACCAUCAUCCUUGCCAAUUAACAAUAGCUCAUCAAAUGAGACGUCAAUGUCGACAAAAAGUAGUCAAAAUAAUACGGCAACAACAACAGAUGAUAUUGAAAUAGCCAAUGAAUGUAAUGGUGAUGAGAUUGAAGCUAGCGCAAAUUAGGAGAUUUUAUAAGAAUAAGAAAUUGCUUAGUUCAAUUAUAAUUGAAUUUGCCAAAGAAAAUGGAAUGUUAGGAUAAAAAUUUUGUUUCUUCAUAUACAGCCUUAAAAGGAUUGCUGACUGUGUGGAUUAAACUAGUUACAUGCACGCUUUCAGUGUUUACUCUCAAAAUGACUCUCUAUCUUAUAGCUUUACGCAAAUAAUUCUUUCCUCAUUUUCAAACUACUUAAAUGAAGAUCAGGUACAUUUUUAUUAAAACUACAAAUGAUGAUAUUAAGCUAUAACUCCACCGUAAAUCCAGAUUAAGUAGCUACCAAAAUAAUUUUUAAUAAAUGACAUUCAUGAAUUAUUAUUAUUUUGUCAUAAGGCAUAGAUUGUAAAACAAAGCUUGUAUUUAAACAUGUUAUUUAAUUUGUUAUAGAAAAUCAAACAAUUUUCCUAUUUUCCAAGUAUUUUAAUGGAACGAACAACUUUAUUCAACUUUUAUGAUUAGUUUUAUUUUAGGUAUUUACACACACUUUUAUUGAACAAGCAAUCGUGUUAAGUUUUAAAUUCUGUUCUGGAUGGACGAAUCUAAUCCAGUGCUUAUGAGUUUUUUGCAAGAACGAAAAAUAAAAUUAAAAAAUAAUCUUACACUAUAAUCAGUCUUCUUGAUCACUUUCUUCGGAACUGGAUGUAUCUGCUCUAUAGUUUUGCCGUCUGUUUGGAUUUUGUGGCAGAUCAUCAUCAUCGCUAUCUGAAUUUUCUUUAAUGUCACUUUCAUGAUCUCGCUUCUUUGUGAAUCGUUUAGGCCAUACGAAAGCCUUUUCAAACUCUUUCUGAUGUUCAGGUGUAAGGAUCCUGCAUAUUUCAGCCUUGACUUUAUCGCCUUCCUCAAUUGGCUCAACUAAAACAAAAUCACCUCUUUUAAUCCAAACAUUCUUUCUGAACUUUGGAGGCAUUGACACUAAGUAAUUCUCUUCUAUUUCAUUGGGUGAUUCAACUUCAUGCAAGUUAUUUCCUUUACUACUUAUUAUUCUACAGAUUUGUUGUUUUUCUGUCGGUAAACUGAAGUCAUCAGAAUCUAAUUCUCUCUGGACGUGCUUUAAUCGAGUUACUCUUGACAUUUUAUAUGCUUUUGAAACGCUUUGACUAUUGGAAACUUGUUAAUUUUGUUAAAACUUGAAAUUUAAAUUUUUAAAAGCAUUUGUUUACUAGCAAAAUGUGCAAAACU